GCAAGUAUUAGUGCAUUUCUUGUGUUUAGGAAUGUCUAUCAUUUUUACAUUGUUUUGUAUAUAUUUUGGCAGUUUAUUGUGCUGUUUCGCAUUCACGAUGCAGAAUGCAUUUCAAGAUAUCUCUCAAUUUGCUGUAUCGAAAUUAAAACUGGAACAGAAACUACAGAUUUUCGAUUUCAUGAAAAGAUUCGGGAAAGUUUCAUUGUGUAUUACGAUGGGUGGAUUUUUAGUCGUCGAUAAGAAAAUCCCUCUUAAGAUGGCAAAAACGUUGCAAUCUGUUUUUUCGGGACUUUUAAAAUUAAGAAACGUAUCGAAUGCGAAGAUCCACUGCGACAGCAAUUUCACUAUUACUUAUACUUCUUAUAAUUGAAAAUGUAGAAUUUCAAAUGUACGAAAUAAUAAUAAAUGGAAAGUUUCAGUGUCUUAUAAUCAAUGUGAAAAGAGUAUUUUUACCUCAAUCGAUAUUGCGUUAAAGUAAUUUUCUGUAAUUUAAUGGAGAAGCUUAUAGUAAAGUUCAUACAGUAAAUGAUAAUGUUAACGUAUAC